AUGAAAUAAUUAUCGCGUUCACAACAGCACAAACCAAAAUAGAAAAGUGAGCCUUCUCUUUUACCAAAUAUUGAUAUACUUAAAGAAAAUGUAAAGUCAAGUUUUGCUUUGGGACAUUUGAGAGGACUAUUGACAUAUAAAUAAAUGCGUGAAAUGCCAAAAACAGAAAUUUAAGUAAAACGUGAUUAAACAUUUGGAGUGGCAAAUAAAUAAUCUAAGAAUAAAAGAUUGACAUUUCUUAAAUUUGGUUUUAGAACUCAUGAAAAAAAGAAUAAUUAUUAUUUAUAACCUUUAAUAAAAAAAGUUAGAGAUGUUUUUGGAGAUGCUGCAAAUGAUGGUUCUAUGGGUGUUGUAGAUUUAUGGAGUGAUAGAAAUGUCAAUCGUUUAAUGGAUGCAAUUUAAAUGACAAGAGAUAAUUUAAUUGUUCGUAAAUUAGGAAAGGAAUUAAAUGAAGCUGAUCGUAAAAUACUUAAUCGUAUAGAAGAAAAAAAAAUGAGAGAUAGAGUAUUUAUGGAAUCGCUUAAAUUGUAAUUCUAAGAAACUGACACGUUCUCGUUAAAAUUUCAACUAUCAGAAAAAGACAAGAAAAUUGUACAAAGAGUUGCAUAACCUACAAUCUCAAGUAAUCUGAGACAUACUAAUCCGAAUGAAAAUAUCUAGAACAUUGUAGAGAAUAUAGAUUAACUUCAUUAAGAGAAUUUAGAGAUUUAUACAAAUCUAUAUAAAUCAAUAAAACAGAUUCAAAAAAAUAUUAAGUGA